UUUUAGCAUAAAUUAAACAUUAUUCAAUUCACCACAAAAUCAGCCUUUCUACGGCUUUAGGCAUCAACGCCCAAACGGGCGUGCCACCUCUAUUCGUGGAAGCGUAACGAACCCGUAAGGAUGUACCUGCUGGAACGACUCCGCACCGUGGUGAGACGUCGCCUGGAACGUCACUCGCCGGAUCCACGCGAGCAGUACAACAGCAUCGUGACCAGCGUUAACCGGAUCGGUGGUCUGGUCGGGAUCGAUGUAUUUACGCCAAACUUUAAGCCGGGAAAUAUGCACCUCCGGCUGGUGCUGCUAAACUCGUUCGCCUUCUUCUGGAUCAAUCUGUACAACCUGACGACCACGUACGGCAAUCUGGUCGAUUUUAUGUUCUGUUUCGAGACGCUCCUGUACGUGUUCAUCGCCUGGAUCAAGAUGCACGUGUUUGUGAAGCACAAAUCGCUCAUCCUGCAGCUGCAUCAGUUCAUGGUACAGUUCUUCGAUCAGUUCCAUGGUGAUCCGGAACAGGACGCACUGCUCGUUCGCACGCUGGUGGACACAUAUCUGCUGGUGGCGUUGUUUGGAUUCUGCUCCAGUGCGGCGGCCAUGCUCAUCUUCGUGUCCUCUUUGAUCUGGUCGGUGUGCGUUGAGUAUGCGCUCCCGCUCGGAUUCUACAUUCCCACGGUCGGGAUGGACUAUCUGAAGGGGUUCGCGUUGAACUUUGCGUUUCAACUGUUCGAAAGUGGCCUCAUGGUGUCGGGGAUCAUCUCGAGCGAGACUGCGUUUUUCAUAUUUCUACAGAACGCUUGUCUGCAGGUCGACAUGCUGCGGCUCGAGCUGGACCGGUUGGGUCGGCUUGGUGCGCUGAACACCGAUGGACGUCAUACGAGGGAAAUACGAUCCCGGAUACAGUCGAUCAUCGAACAUCAUAUCGAACAUUUGGAGUAA